GUCCACGAGGUUGAAAUAAAACAAGAGGCGAGCGGAAGGUGAUAACGAGCGGGUGCGGGGCCCAUAUAUUCGUCCUCACACAGUCGAACCAAUUCCGCCCGCCUGCCGCACCUUCGGAAUCUGGUGGUCCUUGCACGAAACCAAGGUUUUUGCCGGUAAGGGAAGCGGACCGAUUGCCUGCGGAUGGCAGCCUCGACGAAUGACCAAGUGGGGAUGUCCUUCCCGGGAGGGGUGGCCGUGGUGGGAGAUGGCACAGCUGAAGAACGAGAACAGCCGGAGCAAAAAAAUAACGUGAAACUAGCGGAUGCCGCGUCAGUGGCUGCUGAAGAGGGAUACCUAAAUGCUGACGAUGGGGGCGACUAUGGUUCGGAUCAUCGGGGAAGCGAUUCAGAUGACUAUCAUUACUCUGAUUCGGAUUCGGAAUGCGAAUGUGGAGGGGAAUGGCCGAAGCAUCCCGCGGAAGUUGAUGCGGACGAGUUUAUCGACGGCGUGGACGGUAUAUCUGCAAGGGUCCACUUAUCCCCGGCCCUGACGAAUAUCUGGGUUUAUGUCGGUCCUCGGAGACUUUCGGAGGGCCGUGCUUCUGGAACUUGUGUCAAGACCGUCGGCCUGGAUCCCAGCAAAGGAGUGUUGGUGAUGCUCACCACCCCCCACGACUACAUAUCGUCAGGCGAGUUCCCGCAAGUGAAGUGGGCAAGGCAGGUGGCACCGGCGGCGAUGGACAAGCAGAAAAUGGACACCUACGGAAGCAUCGGGAAGACAUUCCCGCACGAGUGGAUGCUCUGCGGGAAGAUUAAGGCGCAGUUGACGCGAGCUUGGUCCCAAGGCAAGGGGACAUCACGCACGAGCGGCGAACACGCCAAAGGAGGAGACCGACCCGAGCGAGAGAUGGGCGCCGAUGUCUGCCGUGACGGCGGAUCCCCCGCUCGAGAGGGUGGGGUAACGGCGGCGAUGACGGCAGGAGAGGGGAGGGCGAACGAGGAGACGGGCGGGGGGAAGCUUGACAGCGCUGCAAUACGUCGGGCGGUUAAGAUGAUUUGCGAGUCCACUGUGGUAUCGGCGGGGCUUGCUGCCUAUGUUCUGCGGAUCUCAAAGAACGACGAACAAAAGGCUCAGCUUUGCCUUGCCGAUGAGGAACAGCGACCGGCGCUGAAGGCAGCAUUCAAGGAAUUCACUGAGCUGAAGGGGAGAUUUCCACAGGUUGACGAGGUAUCUUGCUUUCACGCAGUUGCGGCCCAUCCUGGGUCCAUCGAGCUGCAACGUGACUACCUGGUGUGCAUGGCGCUGGCGCAGCCCCUGUUGUACCCGCUGCCUCAGCCGAAGGGGGACACUGCUGACGGCGACGAUCUGUUAGACCAGUACCGUAGGGCUGAGUUGAAGACGCUCGCCAAAACAAACCCAUUGGUUUGCGUGGCGCUGACCGUGAUCGAAGGGCUGAAGAACAUUGUCGAGACCUGCCUGGUUUGCGGCGAUGAAAUACAGGGGCACACCGUGUCGAUGCCGACCGUGUGCCACCAGCGCUUGUGUACAUUGACCUCGAGGGUUUUGGAGAGCCGGAAGCGCUGGAACUUCGCGUUUCAUCAAGCCCAGUCACCCACCAUGUCCCCGGCGAGGCAGGUUGUGCGAAAGAAGCUUUUCGAGGCGCCGUCGGAUAUCGUCCUCGUAAGUCCUGCGGGAGGUCUAGAAGGACAGGUGCUCAACAACGGAGAGGUGGUGGAACUGUUGAUCGACCUCUUCCGUAGAGCCUUGGAGGGCACGCGGCCCGAGCUAGGCUUUCCGGAUGCGGUGUUCGGACUUCAGGGGACCGGUCGCACGAGGGCCGAGAGCGUCAUCGAAAAAGUGCGUCUGGUGCUGAACGCGCUGCCGUCCGUGGCAGACGUGCAACGGUGCAUAAGGGGGGAGGGAAGCCUUGGCAACGAGGAGAAGCAGAAUGACAGCAUCGGAGAGCUUUCCUCGCCGUCAUCCUUUGGUUGUCAAGUGGGUGGUGGUGUUGGCAGUGGUGUCGGGGUCCCGUUUGGAGCUCGAGUGGCUGUCGCUGGUGUCGACGAUGACACGAAAGGAGGCGAGGGCAGCGACACGGGGGCAAAGGAAGCCCCUUCCGGAGAGGUUUCGCCCCUGAAGGAGGCGUUGUCGAAAAUCGACCCGCUGUUGUACCCCCUGCUGGAGUGGCUUUUAUCGACGAUUCACGGAGGACAUUUGCACCUGUUGAAGGAAGCUGAAGCUAUCGAAGGGGUUUCAUGCAAGAAGCAGUUCGUGCUUACAGACACCUCAGCGCGAGAGGAGCGUUUCCAGGCGAUGAAGCGGGAGGCGGCGGCUUCGUCGAACGGGACAGGGUCGCUUUUCGCGUUCCACGGCAGCGCUCCGGGAAACUGGCACGGGAUCCUUCGCUUGGGUAUCAAGAACAUGUCAGGCUCGAAGUACAUGUCGAACGGGCUUGUUUGCGGCAAGGGCAUCUACAUGAGUCGUACUCUCGGCGCGUCGCUUUCCUACACGUUGGAAGUACAUCGGCCAGUGGUGAGAAUCAAGCCGGGGUCGACGAAGGCUUUCGCUGCUACUCCUACCACUGCGGCAACACCCAAAGCUGCCAACCGUGGCAUAGGUGCUGCCAUUUCUCGUGCUGCUUCUCGUGUUUUUGCUCGCGCUACUACGAAGGCUUCCGAUGCCGCUGCUUCCAGCACGGCUGCAAAUGCUACCAGUGCUGCUGCUGCUCCUGCCUUUGUUGGAAGCCCUUCGACGCAAGGCGUUGCAUCUGGCGGUCGCGGUGGGCAUGGGAACAGGUUGAGCCCACCCGCCGUCAACGCACCGAAAACGCCCGCCAUCGUUGCUGUAUAUGAAGUCAUCGACAGACCGGAAUACAAGCGAAACAACCGUCUCAUGGUUAUUCCGGACGAGCACUGCGUGGCGAUGAGGUUCCUGCUGAUCGACCCCAGUCAGGCAAGUCUCCGCUUGGCCAAUGGUGACUUGGCGGCUGCCGCGGAGACACGGUACGCCAGCAUUAACCGCGCCCCAUAGCGUCGUCGUCAACAAAUGACAUUUGUGAUCUUGCCUGUGAGGACCGGCGUUGGUACCGAUUUUCUUGCGGCACUGUCGCCUGGCGGUGGUGACGGUGGGCCGUAAGGCAGCCAGAAAAAAUCUACACUGGGUAAUAAUGCAGCAUGACAGUGUUGAGGAGGGGGUAUCUCGUCUGCACAGCGUUCGGCGCAAUGCAUGUGAGCCAAUGUGCCUCGAUUCCCUCAUCUGCGGAAACCACGAUUCUUGGAAUUUCUGUUUGUAGGCAACAAGCUGAAACCCUUUCAGGGGGACAGGAGUAAAGAUUCUUGCCGGGUGCACCAUGCGUACAUUUAGUGGAAUGUUUCUAGAGACGUUUGGUAAGGUAUGCCCUCGGUACAGGUGUACAUGCACAGCUGCAUGAACGACGGGGCAGGCACGUAAAGCGGCAGACAGGGCGCAGCAGCAGAGGGGAAUGUUUAGGAGAUGGGAUGGGUAAUUCCCGAGGUUUCCGAUAUUAGGUGGAAAAAGGAACCCCGACUGAAGUUUGCAUAGCAGGGCUGCCGCAGGUGUUUGCGGACAUCACAUGUAAUAUGUGGGGGGUACUCAUGAACGUGGGGGGCCGUUUCGGAAACAAACACGAUGGAGAAGGGCUCUCUGAACGAAAUAGUACCCUCAGCUGCCCUGGGACACCGCCUCUUUUCGUUCCGGGGGUUAGCGGCGUAUGCAUACUUUUCCCUCUCAAGAAGCAGUUAGGCACAGAAUGAAACAGUCGCAGCUACAACGUGGUCAAAAUGGCGUCGAUUCGGUCCUACUGUCUGUGAUUGUAUCCCUGCCCAUGUCUCUCUUGAGCGGCCGCUCGUUUCCUGUGACCACACCAAGCGUAUUGACACUCCUUGGAACAUAUGUGUCUACUCUGGAGCAUCAUAGUCUGCGUAUCGUGCUGCAUCCAGGCAAGAUCACCAAGCAAACACCGAAGUAGCACUUAUCUCGCCCGUCAUCUCGUCUUUCUGCGCGUCACUGAGGGAUAUCCACGUCAUGAUGCGCUCGGUCUUGGUGUCGGCGAAACAGCCAUGAUCAAUGAAGGUCGCCCGGGCGUCACAAUCGUCUUCUUCGUAGUCGUCUUCAGUCUCUGUGUCCCCUUUCGGUUGACUCGUUGGGUUUCGAAACGAAAAAGAGCGUGAGGGGUGGUGGUGGAGUUCAGGUAAAAGGGGUGCUCUGCGUACAGCAGUAGCAUCAAAACGUACCGUGUCAUCAGCACUGCACGGGAUGGGUGUGAAACAUGACAACGGAAGCUAUCGACCAACGAAGACACCGCCGCACGCAAGAAACUACCAGCACCCUCCCUUUUCUCGAAAGGGCGAAAACAUCGAACGUGUAGGGAAAGAGAGCAAAUACAAAUCGAACAAAUAUCGGAAUCGUCGCCUGUGAACGUAGAAACCAUUCUUAGGGUUAGGGUCAGGGUCAGGCAGUAC